GGUGCUGCUAGUUCAAAAAACUGGUUGACUGGUCCACUGAGAGGGCCGUUGCUGUAUUUGUAUUGUAUGUUCAGUGUUGUGAAUGCCAUGAGCACGAGGCUAUAAGUCAUCUGAAGUGGUAUUUACAGAGGUUAUACCAAUCCAGAAUUACGGAAAGAAUUUUGCUGUCUGGGGAUAUGAUCUCAAGGAUUAUACCAGGAGGAACAAAGAAAAACAUUCGGUCUAUGAAACGUACAGUAAAAGAAUUGGAGUACAUCGUUUGUCUUGUAGGUUAUUCAGUUUGUUAGAUAACAUCAAAAUGAGUUCAGAUUACACUGCCGAUUGGAUGAGAGUUGAAAAUACCGUCAAUGAUAGAAUGAUGGAUGACUCCUUGCUUCACACAUUGGAAGAGAAAACGAAAGUCAGAAGAAGAACCAAACUGCUCAACAAGAAGUUGAAGAGGUAUUGGAAUUUAUCUAAUUACAAACGAUUCGAGGUGAUUACCAAAUUGGUUUCCAAGGAGUGUCCAAGCGACGAUGACACUGAUGAUGAUCUUGGUUUGACUCAUGAGGACUAUAAAUUAAUUUAUAAUAACAAACCCAAGUCCGAAUUACGAAUAGUACUUCGAUCAUUUGUGAAAGCGCCACAAAAAAAGAGACCACAAAAACCUACUAUGAAAAAAUCAGCAAGUACCAAAUCUAAAAUACGUAAAAAAGCUCCAUCUCACAGGAGUCGAAAAAAAUCCGCAGUGAAAAAUCAGAAGACCCUUGUACAGACAACACUUAUGUCCUACAAACUCAGAUCUGAUAAAGUCACAACUGUGAACCAGAGUAACUCACAAGUCGAGUCACAAGCUAUUUCGAAUGAUCCAACAUCAGAAGCACCCAGCACAUCUUUGUCAACAACAAAUAAGCCACAGAUUCCCCUAGGCAGAGAUACAACAAAUCAAUAUGAUUUGCCUCAAGAUCUCAAUGUGAGAAGACAACUUUUUAGGGAAACAAGUACUGAGCCAUUAAUUUCUGGUUACACACAAAAUGAGUCAAUUAAUACUUCUGAGAUUAAUUCUAAUUCUGAAAGUGAGCUGCCUGAUCCAAUCGAAAAGAGCAUGGUAGAAUAUUCUUGUACUAAAACAUCAAUUGAUGAGCUGCAAUGUGAUGUGACUAAAGCAUUAAAUGGGACUGUAAUAAUUGAAAGUAAAGCACAAGAUUCUCAUGAUCAGGUGCCCAAGAAGUGUAAUUCAAGUGCUAGUGAUCCAGAUCACAACAAUGCAUCUAGUUUGGAGUUACACUGUACAAAACUCACAGAAACAAGUAAUUCAAAUUUGCUGGAGAAUAAUUUAGAGACUGAGGAUGAAAUAAUUCCACCUGAAGAGAAUUUAUCCCAUCAAAUCGACAAUGAUAAAUGUACUGAAUGUUCAAGUCAAGAUUCUGGAAAUAACAGUCUGUCUGAUGCAGACCCCUCAAUUGAUGACGAUGAGACCACUUCUGCGAUUAACAAUAAUGAAAAUGACCACCAUCAGUAUAGUGAAAUUACAAAUACAGUUCAGUCAAAGUAUCAGUCGAAUGUUUUAGAAACAGAAGUUCAACAUGAAAAAUUUGUGGCCAAUGAAAAGUCAUCUGAAAAAAGAGCAUUUAAUGAUCAGACGAAUAACGUAUUGGAGGUUUCUAAAGAAUGUAAUAAGUUAGAACUUGAUCUUCCAUCUGGAAUUCCUGAAGACAAUUGCACAAAUAAACUAAAAAUACGUACAAUUGAACGUUUUGACAAAGGUUGCAGAAUAUUCAACAGAUGUAAAUUACAGGAGCAUGAACAAUGCACGUCUAUCUGUACACCAAACCACAAAAUUGCAAAUGACUCCUGUAACACUAUGGAUCUAGAUGAAACAUCCAAAAAUGAGCAGCAGUCAAACUCCAGCCAGUUGCAUGAACGGAAUAGCUUUUGUUUAUAUGACAUUAAUCAGUCAAAUGAUUCAAUGAGCGAUGAAGAUAUGUUAUUUGUUGAAUGUAUGGAAAACGAAUCAGGUAUGGAAGUUGAUGGGUUAUCAAAUCGCAAUAAAUACUCUAGAGAAUGUGUGUCACCUGAGAAUGGAUUAAAGGAUUCAAAUCAAUCUUUUUCACCGAUUAAUUCUGCUGAUUACGAAGACAAAAACUCUCUCAAAGCACAAUUACUACAGGAAAUUGAUAAACGAUUAAGAGAAAGCAUACAUUUGAAGAAUGAUAAAAUGUCACAAAGUCUAUCGCAUGAAAUGAACAGAUUUGUGGAAGGUGAUAAUAUUAUGGGUUUGUCCAAGAAGAAGAGGCAGGAUGAUAAUCAAGUAAUCAAUAAUUGUUCAUCAAUAGAAAGAAAUCCGUUGCCUGAAUGCGAGUCCUUUAGAAACUCCGAUGCUCCAAAAACUACAUCUCAAGGUUUGAUCGUAUCCACAAAUAUGGUGGAGUCAGGAGAAACACCAAAAUUUACUUACACAAAGCGCCGAAUUUCAAGCUGCAACGUAGACAACUCGUCUGAAAACUCCAAACGUCCACAGAAGCAACCUUGCUUAAGACAAAGUAUAAAUAAAGAAUCAGAACCUAUUUCACACAAGCAUCGUUCUUCAGAAGCCAUAUUGGCUGGCCAUUCACAAUCAGAAAACAAUGACAAUUCAAUUACUACGAAUGAAAAAUGCUCAAAGGCAUCUCCCUAUAAGUCUAAAAGGAUACCCAGGCCAAAAGAUUUACAACAGUUCUUGAAUAUCGAAGCAUUGGUACCUGAAACUAACAAGUCUCAUUUCAGACUAAAAGAUAUCAAAGAUGAUGAUGAAAUCUGGAUAAUGGAAGUGCCAAAAACAAUUCAUCCCCGAGAUCUCAUUGAUCAAUCUAUAUUACUUGGAGGAAAUACUGAGCUUGAAGUUGGAAAUGAUUCCUACGUAAUUUCUAGUCUACCUAGCAAGAAAAUUCGUAAUAUAUCAUACGUCUUUCCAACAAGCAAGCACAAAAAUCAAUACGAAUUCGUAAAUAUUGAAUCGAAAGGUCGUAUUAAGUUCCAUCAGAAGAUAUCUACUAUGUGUGAAACAGAGUUGAUUUCUUCCAAAUCAGAAGCUGUACCGUUCCCAAAAAAUAUUAAGAUCAGGCAUCCAUUGUUUGGUGCGGCUGAUCAGAAUGUAGUUUGAGUUUUAAAUCAGGUUGAAAUUUCUGAACCACAAAGGCACGUAUAGUCAUAUUCAAUAUUUUAUGUCUGCAGACUUCAUGGAAUGUUUUUGCCAUCUGCUGUGUAAAUUUUUAACCUGACAAUGAGAAUCGAUUGCUUUCUUCAAUUCUUAUAUUAGCGAUGAUGAGUUUAUUAUAAAAAAUUUCAAAUAUACAUACAGCAAUACACUAUUUUACAUGGUAAGAAUUAAAUUAGAUACAAUUAAUACAAAUGCAAGUAGAUAUUUAGUUGCAAUAUACCAGUUCGAGUUUUUACAUACUUCAAUCUUCCCGAAGCAGAAGUCCCUUGCUCCUGAGAUCCUUCUUGGCUUCUUUGAUUUCCUGUUGAAAUAUGGAAGAUAUAGAAGUAUACUGAAGAUAUCUUUGUUCAUAUUCCGUACAAAUGACGUACUGUGUAUUCAACUGUCUGUGAAUAUAAAAAAUCUACCUCUUGAA